GGAGGGAGCGGGGCCGGGAGCGGCGGGUGAGUCAGGCCCCAGGCGACAUGGAGCCCGGCCCGCCGCCCACGGAGCGGCGGGAGCCGCCACAGCAGCCCCAAGAGGAGGAGGAAGAGAUGGAGGAAGAGGAGGAGGAGGAGGACUGGCUUCGCCCGCAGCAGGGCGGCACGGCCGCCUCGCCCGCCCCGUGUGAGCAGCAAUGGCGGCGCUGAGGGGAGCUGGGUGGCGGUGGGGCGGGGAGCGGAACAGGGCUACCCUAGCAGAUAGAAAGAGAUUAUUUUCACAUAAACGGGUUAAAAAUAAGUUUCGGUGCCGCACCCUGAAAGAAAAAUCUCUUUAUUUGCUCCCCUGGCAGCCGGGCAGAGGAGCGCAGGGCGCAGGGUGAUCGCACACCUCGACCUGGACUGUUUCUAUGCGCAAGUGGAAAUGAUCCGCCAGCCCCAGCUGAGAGACAAGCCUUUAGGUGUGCAACAGAAAAACAUCGUGGUGACCUGUAACUACGAAGCCAGGAAGCGUGGAGUUAAGAAGCUGAUGUCUGUGAAGGACGCUAAAGAGACAUGUCCUCAGCUGAUACUGGUUAACGGAGAAGAUCUGACUCCGUACAGGGAGAUGUCCUACAAGGUUACAGAGUUGUUGGGGGAAUUUUGUCCGCUGGUGGAAAGGCUUGGGUUUGAUGAAAACUUUGUGGAUAUCACAGAGAUGGUAGAGAAGAGACUAACCCAGCUGCUGCAGAGCGGAUGGUCCAACCUCUGCGUGGCCGGCCACGUGUACAAUGACCAAACUCUAAAUUUGCAGGACACAAUGCAUGUAAGGCUGGUUAUCGGAUCUCAGGUUGCCAAAGAGCUGAGGGAAGCAGUACACACGAGGCUGGGCCUCACGGGCUGCGCAGGAGUGGCCUCCAACAAAUUACUGGCUAAACUGGUGUCUGGGACCUUUAAACCAAACCAGCAGACUGUUCUGCUGCCUGAAAGCUGCCAGGAGCUAAUACGCGGCCUCGAUCACAUCCAAAAAGUGCCUGGCAUUGGCUACAAAACUGCCAAACGUCUCGAAAUGCUGGGUGUUAGGAACGUGUGUGAUCUCCAAGCGUUCCCUUCUGCUGUGUUAGAGAAGGAACUGGGGGUUUCUAUGGCUCAGCGUAUCCAAAAACUCAGCUACGGAGAUGACGACUCCCCUGUGACUCCAUCAGGCCCUCCUCAGUCCUUUAGUGAUGAAGAUUCCUUUAAAAAAUGUUCCUCAGAAGUGGAAGUUAAAGAGAAAAUUGAAGAACUGCUCCGUAGCCUAUUAGACAGAAUAUACAAAGACGGAAGACAACCGCACACCAUCAGGUUGACCAUCCGCCAGUUCUCCUCCACCGAUAAAUGGUUUCACCGCGAAAGCCGGCAGUGUCCUGUUCCUCCUCAUCUCAUUCCCAAAUUUGGAAAAGAAAACAGCAACCUUAUCUCCCCCUUGGUUGCUCUACUGAUGAAACUCUUUCGAAAGAUGAUAGAUGUAGACGUACCGUUUCAUCUCACCCUUCUGAGCGUCUGCUUCUCCAACCUCAAAGAUCUUCCCAGCAGCAAGAAAGGAUCCAUUGGCUUCUACCUAAAGCAGAUGUCACCAGGCUCUGGGAAACGUGGCCGGGAAGCGGACGAUGUCUCACAAGGUGAGGGAAGCGCUUCUUGGAACCAGAACCUCAAUGAAACUGGAACAACAAAAACUAGGAAACUUUCAGAGGAAAAGCAAAGCAAUAUAAAGCAAGCGGGAACUCCUGACUUCCCAUUUCAUUUGUCUCCUGCUGACAUUGACCCCGAAGUCUUCAGGGAACUUCCAGAAGAUAUUAAAAAAGAAAUUCUUUCUGCAAAACCAGACACGAUGCCUACUGAGGAUGUUUCAGGUCAGGCAUCGGAAUGUUUUGCGGAAGAGGUGUUCGGCGCUUCUCCAGAUUCUAAGGGACUAAGGGCCACGUGUUCUUCCCAGUGUCCCAGCAGUAUGGAAAACCAACCUCCUGACUCCCGGAAUUCCAGAGGGAGAGAUCUGUCACCUCUGGAAGCUGGAGCCAGCCACACUGUUGCGCGUGUCCCCACCUUGGACAAAGAUAAGCAAGCCCUUGAAACGACUUCUGCGGAUAAAGCUCAUAGCAGGAAAGCAGAAGUUGUGUUUCCUCCUAAUAUUGAUGCAAAGACUUUUUACGAACUACCUGCUGAUGUGCAAGAAGAAUUACUGGCUGAAUGGAAGAAUUGGGAACCUCCAUCCAAGACUUCGACGGAUAAACCCCCUGAAAAGCCUAAACCAACUAGAGGAAGAAGGAACACAGCUCCGUGUCCAUCACAGUCUAACAGUUUGCUAAGAUAUUUUAAACCACAGUGAAGCGUUUUUCGUAGCACGGACGCUAAGAAUCAGCACUUGAGGGCACUUUAGUUAUUAAAAAUUUACUGUACCUUGUAAAAAUGUGAAUACUAAAGGUGUAUUUUGACAACUUUGGACGUAAAA